AUGGUAUUUAGGAAAAUAGAUGAGGAACGAAGGGGGUAUCUUAUCAUUGGAGGUGACUUCAAUGUCCCCUUGCAAUAUGAUAUCGAUACGAGCCUGUCGCGAACCAUUCGGAAGGAGGAUGAGGUUUCGGGUAUCCGGGUGAACAACAGUGACUUUAAAUUAGCGUUGUUUGCAGACGACAUCAUUCUUACAUUAACCAAACCAGAGAGCCGCCUCAAGCUGGCUCUCAAGGCUCUGGUCACGAAGGAGACCCUGCUCCAAGUCAAAGGCAGCGGAGCCUCCGGUUCCCUCAAGCUCAACAAGAAGCAGCUGCAGAGCAAGGACAAGGCCGCCAAGAAGAAGGCGCCGCUAGCAGCCAAAACCAAGAAACCGGCGGCAGCAGCCAAGAAGGCGCCAAAGUCUCCGAAAAAGCCCAAGAAAGUCUCCGCAGCCGCCAAGAGCCCGAAGAAGGUGAAGAAACCCGCAAAAGCGGCGCUAGCAGCAAAGAGCCCGAAAAAAAACAAAGCUGCCAAGCCCAAGAAGGCCACCAAGAGCCCCGCAAAAAAGACCGCCGUCAAGCCCAAAACUGCUGCUGCCAAAAGCCCCGCAAAGGCUAAAGUGGCCAAAGCCAAGAAAGCCGCCCCCAAGAAGAAAUGAGCAGCUCGCUCGCUCGCUCACUAGUGGCCCAUUCAACCAAAGGCUCUUUUAAGAGCCAC